CGGACACCUCACUCCAACCAGCACACUAAAAAGUGACAUAAAGGGUAAAAAAGAGGAAGUCUUGCAUAGACCACAUUUUUUUUUUCUUAUUACAAAUAUGCAAUCUCAACAAAAGGCUGGCUUCUCGGAACGCAUGAUAACCCUACUUCGUCACCGAACAGAGAAGAAACCCCUACCAAAGGACUAUAUGCGUUGUCCGUUUAACGCCGAGCACAAAGUCCCCAUUGCAUCCAUCGUCACGCACAUUGAAAAGGCUCACAACGGAGAUGCCCUUGGACUUGUUGAAGAUGCCAUGUACUCUCGUGGGACAAAAAUGCGUCUGGACGCGUUUUUUGAGCAUCAAGAACUUAGCUAUCGAUCUUGUGCAAGGGAUUCCUCUUCUACGACUGACUCAUCCUUUUCGUCAAACUCAUCUUCCUAUUCCGUUUCUUCACAAAGUAAGGUCAAAAGUCUAGACCAAAAGGGCCUCGGCCAUAAUGCUAACGAUAAAGAUAAUUCUAGGUCACGCCACUUUCAUCAGAUUAGGACCAUCAGCGAUGAAACAGUGCAACCGCCUAAUUUCCACAGCGUCUGCACGCCGGCACAUGUGUAUCCUCAUCACAGCCCUGAAUAUUCGCAUGACUACCCUGAACAGGGUUCCCGCAGAAACAAAGCGUCUAUUUUCCCCACUCCUCCAUGCCCUGCCGAAAUGAAGCGACCUCGAUCGACAAAUGGAUUGUGCCAUACAAUCACUCCUUUCCAAUCUCCAACCGAUAUGACUUCCCCACACCAUGCGAUCUUACCCGAUUCCCCCUCUGUUCACCGUUACCCUGAAAAGAAGGAUCGAUAUAUUCCCCUUCGACAGCAGUACCUGUAUGGGGUACCUGACCUACAGUCUAAACACAAACUCCAUGUUCAACCUCAAACACCGGCUUUAUCAUCGGGAAGGCCAAUGGGAUUGUCUGCCAAGUCCUGCGAGGCCGUGACCACCCCAACUGUGCAGCUCGAAACAUCACCAGGUGCAACAGGUUCACCAUCCUCAACCUUGAAAAUGGGGAUGAAUGAACGCGUGCCGGAUGGCGUGGGUACACCUUCCGAGGUAGGGACAACGGGCCUCCUAUCCCUGUCUUCACAGUCACGGCAACAAGAAGACAUGUGGCGCGCGCGCGCUAUUAUCUUAGAGCAUCGUGCCAUCCAAUCCCAGUUAAACCACAUGGUAAACAACGACAAACAAGAGAAUGUUGCUACCACAGCUGCUCAGGGGGUAGAAGUUGGGGGACCUGGUGGCGACGAAAUGUGGGAUUUAUGGCGUCUUCUUUAUCCUCAUGUGGUGACCAAUUCUCCAUCUGUUGCAUUUUCCAAUGUCCAUGGAGAACCGAGCCCAGACUCACGGGAGAGUACCUAUGGAAUCAACAAGAUACCUAUCACAGAUUUUAUAUAUUAUUCACCUCGAGUGGUACUAAUAAUGGAAAGCGAAAACAUAAAGACUGCGUUUCUGAAAAGCUUAAAAACUGACCCUGUGUUGAUGGCUAAAUAUAAGGUUUUUAAUGAAACCCCAGUUUAGGGGGUGAUAGUAAUUCAAAAAGUGUCACGAAGAAUAGUUCGUUAAAGUCAGGAUGCUA